ACUGGUUCUGUUUCUAUCCUUUGAAAGCACAAGUCAGCACCAAAGAGCAACAGAAUUCUAUGAAGAGCUGCUUAUUUUGGGUGAAUUUGACAAAGGCACUGGAAUGAACAGGCAAAGUUGAGCGUGACUAGACGUAGGCUGUCUGUGGAUGGAGCAGUGGUGGACUGUGUCCUACGGGGCUUUUCACCAGAACCACAUGCCUCUUGAGUUAAGCUGCCAAUUCAGUCCAAGCCCCUAGACUGCAGUGAGUCUUUGAUGUGGGAGAAGAGUGCUAGUUUCUUUGAUGAGCAUGUUAGGUUCAAUUGGUUUUCAUCCAUGCAUGAAUAUCUGUCAUUUGGGUCUGAGUAUUUCUCUUUUCCUGGAGCAGGGUAGAGUGGGUGAAGUUUGUUGAUUUGAGUGAUUACUGACCUUCCCUGUCUGUCUUCCCUGAAUAAUUCUAUUUUUGCCCCUGAGAGAGCAUAUAAAUAAACUUUGAUUUUUACAUGGACAGAUUUAAUUUCCCCAAAUUGGCUGCACCAAAUCUCACCUUAUAUGCACUUCUUACAGUGUGAAGGGCACUCCUCCCAAGGAGAGGGGCAGAUGUGGUCUACAUCUCUCACCCCUACCAUAUACCUUAGUGAUUGCUCUGACCUGUGGGGCAUGUGAACGGAAUGCUAUGUGCCUUUCAGGGCUGGGUGGUAAAAGGACAUAGCUUUUUUCUGUCUGGAUCUCUGACUGUAGCCCUAAGAAACCAGUCAUUUAUCAUGCUGGGAGGAACCCAAACUUUUCCACAUACAGAGACCACAGGGAGGGGCCCACUUGGAGAAGAGCUGAGGUUUGCUAGUCAACAACCUGCAUCAACUGCCAGACAUGUGAAUGAAGGACCUUCCAGAUGGUUCCAGGCCCCAGUCUCUGGAGUGGAGACACACCGUCCCUGCUGUUUGCUGUUCACAUUCCUGACCUGUUAAACAUUGCACUUAUAUUUCAAUUGACCAAGUUCGGAGGACACAUGCCAUAGUGAUAAGCAGACCCGCCUGGCUUUGGGGGGCAGAAAUGGGAGCCAAUGAGCAUGGCGUGUGCAUAGCCAAUGAAGCCGUCAACGCCAGAGAACCGGCUGCUGAGACGGAAGCCUUACUGGGGAUGGAUCUGGUCAGGCUUGGUUUAGAAAGAGGGACAACAGCUAAAGAAGCCUUAGAUGUCAUCGUCUCCUUGUUGGAAGAACAUGGACAAGGUGGGAAUUAUUACGAAGAUGCAAACUCCUGCCAUAGCUUCCAAAGUGCGUAUCUGCUUGUGGAUCGAGAUGAGGCCUGGGUGCUUGAGACCGUAGGGAAGUACUGGGCUGCUGAGAAAAUCACAGAGGGAGUAAAGUGCAUCUGCAAUCAGCUUUCCCUCACUACAAAGAUGGACGCGGAGCACCCUGAACUCAGGACUUACGCUCAGAGUCAAGGCUGGUGGACGGGAGAGGAUGAGUUCAAUUUUUCCCAGAUUUUUUCUCCAGCUGAUGACCACCCAGACAACUGUGCAGGCAAAGACAGCUUAGAAAAGCAAGAAGAAAGCAUCACUGUACAGACAAUGAUUGACAUCUUACGGGACAAAGCCAGUGGAGUCUGCAUAGACUCUGAAUCUUUCCUCACCACAGCCAGUAUAGUGUCUGUCCUGCCUCAGAACAGAAGCUCGCCGUGCAUUCACUACUUCACUGGGACCCCAGAUCCUUCCAGGUCCAUAUUCAAGCCUUUCAUCUUUGUUGAUGAUGUAAAACUCGUUCCCAAAGCACAGUCUCCCUGUUUUGGGGACGAUGACCCUGCUAAAAAGGAGCCUCGGUUCCAGGAGAAACCAGACCGCCGGCAUGAGCUGUACAAGGCCCACGAGUGGGCACGUGCUGUCAUCGAGAGUGACCAGGUGAGCCUGGGUGAGGGUCCAGGGAGGGUAGUGAGGUCCGUGAGGAAGGAGUCAGGGAGUCCGUUAGCCUCCUCUCCUCUUGGCCAGUCUCCUCCCGGGAAGCCAGGUUCCACAGGCCUUCCUAGAAUGCGGGUGCUCAUUUUCCUCCCCAAUCUCCUGAAACCAAGUAAAACAAAGCCUUUACUUCUCGUGUUCUGGAACUCAGUGGGCCAGGCUCUCUCUCAUUUACUGUUGACUUAGGAGGAAUAGAGAUGU